AUGAUCCUGAUUCCAGGCGCCAAGAAGAAGCUCUGCGACAACAAAUUGAUGCUGAUUACCAAGCACCGUAUCACCAACUCGCAUCUUUCACUCGACUUGAUUCAACGCUCCCAACUGCUGCUUGCCUUGACCGUUUACCGCAACACAAGCUUCACACAACUAUUUUGUCAGUUCGGUUUUCCCCAAUGUCUCAUACCUGACAAUGCCAAGACACUCACUCAAGGGAAAUUCCGAGAAGUUGCUAACGAAGGACAAGUGCCAAUUCAUCCUAUUGAGCCUCAUCAUCCUAAUCAAGCACUUACAGAGGACACAAUUUGGAAAGGAAGUCGACUUUACCGUCGAUUCAUGCAUGCAAGGAAUAUCCCUAUUGCGUUCUGCGAUCAAGUUUUAUGUAUGCUUUUGAGAUUUGCAGUCACAUGGCAUUGGGACUUGCAAUACAAGAAGGAGAAUGGGGAGCCACAAUUGUUUCUGGCAACACUAAAGAUAUCUCUCACCUGGUUGAUUUUGCUAUUUGGGAUUGGUGUUGGUGCCUUUCUCCUAAUCGCUCAUCCAAGGAUGGGAAACAACUAUGCCGUUGGCUUGGUCCAAGUUUUACUAUUGGAGCAGCUCUUUGUUUUGCUGUUGCUAUUGCCAAUGGACAGGUACUACAACAAUUGUCAGUGA